CAAAAUCAGUAUCCAAAGUCACUCUUUCAUCUUCAACCUCUGUACUUCAUAUCCAACAUCCAUACUCAUAAACCAUGGCCUCCACCAAUGCUCUUCCUCCCACCGGUAACGGUCUCGUCGUCAGCUUCGGCGAGAUGCUCAUCGACUUCGUCCCCACCGUUUCCGGCGUCUCCCUCGCCGAGGCCCCGGGUUUCCUCAAGGCUCCCGGAGGCGCUCCAGCCAACGUCGCCAUCGCCGUCGCAAGACUCGGCGGCAAGGCCGCUUUUAUUGGCAAGCUCGGCGACGACGAGUUCGGCCACAUGCUCGCUGGAAUCCUCAAAGAGAACGAUGUUAGAUCCGACGGGAUCAACUUCGACCAGAGUGCGCGCACUGCGCUCGCGUUCGUGACUCUACGCACAGAUGGAGAGCGUGAGUUCAUGUUCUACAGAAAUCCCAGCGCCGACAUGCUCCUCACGCCUGAAGAUCUCAACCUCGAACUCAUCAGAUCUGCAAAGGUAUUUCAUUAUGGAUCGAUAAGUUUGAUCGUGGAGCCAUGCAGAUCAGCACACCUGAAGGCAAUGGAAGUUGCGAGGGAAGCAGGGUGUCUGCUGUCUUACGAUCCAAAUCUGCGGCUACCGUUGUGGCCAUCGCCUGAGGAAGCGCGUCAGCAAAUACUCAGCAUAUGGGAGAAGGCUGAUGUGAUAAAGGUGAGCGAUGUGGAACUGGAAUUCCUAACCGGAAGUGACAAAAUUGACGAUGAAUCUGCUCUCUCACUGUGGCAUCCCAAUUUGAAGUUGCUCCUUGUCACUCUUGGGGAACAUGGUUCUAGGUAUUAUACCAAGAAUUUCCAUGGAUCGGUGGACGCUUUUCAUGUCAACACAGUUGAUACAACUGGCGCAGGCGAUUCCUUUGUUGGUGCUCUAUUAUGCAAGAUUGUCGAUGAUCAAUCCAUACUUGAAGAUGAAGCAAAGUUAAGGGAAGUACUGAAGUUUGCAAAUGCGUGUGGGGCAAUUACAACUACUAAAAAGGGAGCAAUUCCCGCUCUUCCCACAGAGGCUGAUGCUCUCAACCUGAUCAACGAGAAAAACGUAAAGGAGGGUGUGCUUGAAGCCUUGAAAAGCAGGUGUAUUAUUCUGUGAUAAUUUUCAAAGAAUUGCUUUGUGGUGUAAAGUAAAGCAAUCCACCCAACCCUCUGUAAAAUUAAAAUAAAAAGUGGAGAGCUUGUGUCAUAAUGUAACAAAUAAGGGCC